UUUGCUGCGCCCGUGUGUAUUAUUCAGUUCCCGCAAGCUCCCAUUAAGUGUUUUAUAGAUCUCAUAACAAUGGGUCGUUUCUUGGAGUUCCUCAAAAUCGUGUUUCUUCUGGCUGUGGCGGCCAUGGCGGAUCCCGCUGGUCAAGGAGUAGAUGUUGACCCUGGAGAUCCAGAGGUACAUGCCUGUGCUGCGUUUGCUGUCGAGUCUUUUAAUCGCUUCUACCACGAUCCACAUGUGUACCAGAUCACCGAAAUCAAGAGUGUCAGGAGACUGAAUGUUGGUGGAGGUCAAUAUGAAAUAAACCUGGAGGUGAGAAAGACAGAGGACCUAAAGGAAAACCGAUCCAACCCCAAACCUAAAGAGCCAACUAACAGAGAGGGUCCAGAGGUGAUCCAGUGUUACUUCAGUGUUCUGUCAAGUAAAUGGAGAAACCAGAGGACAUUACUGAGAAGCAGCUGCCAUUAAUGAAUCUUCAUUACUUCACAUCAAUACUUCAGGCAUUUAUUUUUAAUGCUGAAAAACAAUUUGAACAGUUGUAAUAGUGUGAAAGUGUAAAACUAAUAAAAUAACUAAUACGAAUUAA